AUGGGGAAAUGGUCAAAAAAGUGCGUUAUAAAAAAUCGGAAAUCGGAAAGCGCAUCUGGUGAAGAAAUGAGAGAAGAUCCUUGUAACGAAUUGGAAGAAAUAUCUGGAGAAGAAUCGGAAGAUGAGUCGGAGGAAUCCGAAGGCAUAGAGUACGAAUCUGAGGAAGGAUCUGAUAGUAUAGAAGAUUCUGAAGAAGAUUCUGUUAAAGAAUCAGGAGAAGAAGAAUCAAAUGAUGCAGAUGCAGAUGAGUUGAAAAUGGAAAUCGAUGGUGACUCAAGAAUAUCUGAAGGUGAAUACGAUCAAAGUUCUGUAGCGCAAUUCAACAUGGAAACUGUUGAUGAGUCUGAUGAAGAAUCUGAAGAAAGAUCUGAAGGUGAAUCCGAGGAUGGGUCUGAAGAAGAAUUAGAUGACGAAUUCGAAGAUCAAUCAAAAGGAGAGUCAGAAGAUAGACCUGAUGAAGAAUCAGAAGAAGAAUUUUAUGAAGAGGGGAACGAAGGAUCGGAGGAUGAAUCGGAAGCAUCAGGAGAAGAAUCCGACCAUUCUUGUGAACAGAAUAUUGAUGUGUUUACAAAGCGACUUGAAAAGCUAAGUAAAAGUAGAUAUGUAAGUCUCGAUGAAGAUGAUGAAGAGGAACUUUAUGGAGAGCUAAAGGAAACUGAGUCCCACGUGAACGGAAGGAAGUAUAACCAAAACAAUGAUCAAUUAAGAAAAGGACUUGCUCGAAAAAAUUCCGAAAAAAUGAUGGAGAUAGAGAAUGUUAAAUAUGAUGAAAAAUGGGACUAUACACAUAGAAACAUGAUGUAUGAGAAACUCAAGGAAGAAGAUGAUGCAUUCGAUUUAAAGAGUCGUUCUACUAUCAUGGAUCUAUUCAAAUCACGCCGGGUGUACGAUCCUGCUAACUUCAAUGCUCGCAAGAACUUUGCUCUGAUUCCUCUUUACGAUGAUUAUGGACUACGAAGUUAUAAUCCAGAUCCUCGGGAAGAUGCACCGGCAAUUCAAUCAAUUAUCAACGCAAACUACUAG